CUGUCGCCAUCCGCCUAUCGAUAACUAAAGUGAACAAUAUCGAUAUGAUCAAAACCUUGUAGAAGAAACCAGAAUUUAACAGCAACAGCAUGAGUUCUUUGAGCCGAAUUGGGGUUUUCGCUAGUCAUGCCGGGAAGAUGGCCGGAUUUGGAUUGCAGCAAGUGCGAACAAAGUAUGCCGACUGGAAGAUGAUCCGUGAUGUCAAGCGACGCAAGUGCGUCAGUGAACAUUCCGAAGAUCGGCUUCGCGUUAAUUCACUUCGGAAAAACGACAUACUGCCCAUUGAGCUGCGAGAAAUGGCCAAUGCCGAAAUUGCUGCUUUUCCCCGUGACUCUUCAUUGGUCCGUGUUCGCGAACGCUGCUCACUUACGUCACGCCCGCGAGGAGUUGUCCACAAAUAUCGCCUCAGCAGGAUUGUGUGGCGCCAAUUGGCAGACUAUAACAAGCUCUCCGGUGUGCAACGUGCCAUGUGGUAGACACUAAGUGAACAUAAUAUUAUUUGUUUGUGUUAACCUUUUAUACAAAAAAAAUUAAUACAUGCACAUAUGCACAUAAUAGGCUCUGCACACUGUGCCCAUCCAACGGAACGUUGGGAUUUUUUGAAAGAUGUGAAACUUCUGUUCACAUUGGCACCAUCCAUUAAUAAACAGCAGAUGCUCAUAUUGGUUUGUUUGCAAAUUUUCUACUUUCGUUCGAACCUCUCCUCAUCCAAUCGCGAGCCCAGCCUCCUUGAUGGCCUGUUCAAUCUCUAUGUAGACGUGGGAGUUUUUACGGGAUCCACGCAGAUCUUCAAUAUUCUCCAGCCAGAGGUCUAUCAGCAAGCCCUCCAUCUCCAAUGACCAUUUCUCCCUGCCACCUGCUGUUCUCUUUGUUUCUGCAAUAUUGACAAAUAUUAAUAUUAUUUUGUAACAACAACAAAACUAGAAUAUAUAUAUUUCUUACCACCGCAA